AUGCCAUUAAUAAUUUUAACCGGCUAUCCAUGUGCGGGACUGACCCACCGUGCGCGCCAGCUCUCUACGCUUUUCGAAGAGCUCCAGUCGUCUCUCCCCGCGGAAUCGAAAUCUCGAUAUAAGGUCCACAUCGUCACAUCACACGACGUAGCCCACCCGCGCACUGUAUAUGAUGCCGCCAGGUCAGAGAAGCAGGCAAGAGCUGUGGUGAAACGAGAUGAGACGGAAAGCAACGAACAACAGUCGUCCGAGGCGAAAGUCUCUGGAUCAACCGACUCUAUAUCUGAGGUUAAACGUUCGGUUGAACCCAGUAAAGAGGAUGAACAAAAUGGAACCGAAGAUAACGAGGAGCCAUACCCACCGGAGCUCCUUUCAAACCUCAUAUAUCGCUACGAAGAGCCUUCAACUGCUAGUCGCUGGGAUAAACCUCUCUUCACGGUACCUUGGGAUGAUACAGCUCCACCAGUAGACGAUAUAUGGUUCGCUAUAACAGGACAAAAGACAGCGAAAGAAGAGGACCAAGAUAGCCCUGCUUCUGGUUUAUUCUCCUCAUCUGAGAAAGCGCAAGCUACUACUGGUGAUACAAAUACAGUAGCCGGCGCACACACUGCUACUACUGCUGCUAAGAAAACGGGCUUCCAACGGCCAACAUCAAGUCGGCCAAAAAUAGUCCCCCACCAAGCCACGGCCCAAGCACCAAAAACGGAUCCCACAGCCCUAUACGCAAUUGAAAAGACAACGUCAGAAGUAAUAUCGACAAUCCGGAAAUUUUCCCUUGAGAACCGGACGCCACCUUCUUCUAGCUCUUUAACAAACCCACAAGCCCCUGGAAUAACUAUCCCCAUUCCCUCGACCAAAACACCUAUAUUCAUCCCCGCUUCAACACUUGCGUCUGCACCUACUGAAGAUUUAGCAGGUGCGGGAGGCGUCCUGACCCUCCCACGCUUGCAGAGACUGAGGCGGCAAUGGGUUGGCAUGAAUAGGGCAUAUGCCGGUCAUGGCCAGGGAAUGGGCCAAGGAACGCUUAACCAGGAGGAAGUUGGAGAAGCAUUUGUGAGAUUUUUAAAUGCAGAAUUUGAAGAAAUGACUGAGUUUUAG